AUGGCUCCUAGUCAGCAAGCCAAUCCACGGCGCCACAUUGUCAUUGUUGGAGGCGGCGCUGCAGGCAUGUCCUGCGCCGCAACGCUGGCCAACCACCCAGAUGAGUUCAAAGUAACCCUCCUAGAAAAGAACAGCAUCGUUGGAGGCCAAGCCAUGUCCAUCCCCCUCGACCAAGAGAAAUACGGCGCAUCGUGGAUGAACAAUGGAGUGCAAGGAGGCUCCCAAAUCUUCAAACACACCUUCCACUACUUCAACCAACACAACUCCCCCGCCCAGCCCCUCCAGCUCCAAGUCUCCUUCGGCAAGGGCCCCUCGGGCUUCUGGACAAACUGCUUCCCCAGCAAGCUCGUGGCCCAGCACGCCUCCGACAUCCGCCGCUUCGGCCUCUUCCUCAAGGUCGUCAAGUGGACCAUGCCCGUCCUCGGCGCGCUCCCCAUCUCCCUCCUGCUGCGCCUCUUCUUCAGCCGCGGCUUCGCCGACAAGAUGGUCUACCCGCUCAUCGCCCUCUUCCUCGGCACCGGCAACCAGACGGCCCACGUCCCCGCCGCCAUCGUCGAGCGCCUCUUCGACGACCCCAACAUGAAGCUCUGGGACUACGACCCGGACACCCUGCUGCCGAACCAGCCCACCAUGUACUCGUUUGACUGUCUGGACAGCUUCUACGGCAGGUGGAAGGACGACUUGGUCGCAAAGGGCGUCACCAUCAGGACCGACACCGAGGUCGUAGAGGUUGCAUCACGAUCUAAAAGGGGCGUCGACCUCGUCAUCAAGAACAACGGCAACGACGGCACCACGACAACAAACGAGCACUUUGACCACCUCGUCCUCUGCGUCCUCGCUGACGACGCUCUGCGCAUCCUCGGCAAGUCAGCCACCUGGCGCGAGAAGCUCGUCCUCGGCGGCGCCCGCUUCUACGACGACCUCACCGUCACCCACUCCGACUCCGAGUACUUCAACAAGCACUACGAAACCCGCUUCAAGCCCGAGCUGUGCGGAGAGCCCAAGUCCGAGGCCCAGUGCCACCAAAUCGCCUCUGCCAAGGGAGAGCCCGCGUCUUCGUCUUCGUCUUCCUCGCCCUCAUCAGAUCAGCAGCAGCAGCAGCAGCCGUUCAACCCCAUGUAUUACACAUAUACAUACCAAGAGGACCCGCGCCUCAUCGAAAUGUCCUUCAACUGCAGCAACUACCAGCACCAGUUCAAACGCAAAGACGCCUCAUCAUCCUCCUCCCCCUCGUCGUCGCCAUCGCCGUUGCCAGUCUACCAGACAAUCUUCCUCGACAAGCGGAAGCGCGACCUCUGGACCGAAGGCGAAAUCGACGAGAGCAAGGUCAUCCAGCGCAACUGGUGGCACCAGCUCGGCCACCGCUGGCAGCACUAUGUCCGCGUCGUGCCGGGCGUCAUGUUCCUCCAGGGCCGCAACAACACCCUUUUCGCCGGAUCCUGGACGUUGGUGAACAUGCAUGAAGUGGCGUGCAUCAGUGGCAUAGCCGCCGCCUACCGCCUCGGCGCAGAGUACCGCAAGUUUGACGACUUCGCCCAGGACUUCUUCGUCAAGUAUCUCCUAGUCUCUCACGGGAAGCUUUUCUCAAGGGAAGAAAAGAAGAGGGAAAAGGCCAAGGCCAAGGCCACCUAA